AUGCAGAACAUAAUUGAUACUUAUGAAAUAAUCGGAAAAAUAGAUGAUCGGAAAUCCAUUUCUUCAAACAGUUUAUUGAGCCAUGAAGAAUGUAAUGACCCAACCAAGGGUGUGCAGGAGGAUGAUAAAAUUUUUGUCAAUGGGGAAAGGAGGGAAAAAAAUAGUAGUGAUAAUAAGAAAUGCAUUGAAAGUAUACAAGAUAAACAAUAUGAAUGGGCAGAAGCAGGAGUAGCAGGAGAGGAUGGAGAAGCGGGGGGGACGAAAAAAGGUAAAGAAAACGUUUACGAGAGUAACAAAAUAAAAUGUCAGAUGGGAAAUGUGAAUAAGUCCAAAAGUUCAACUUUGGAAAAUAUGAGAACUCAUUUUCCAAAAGAGUUGGAAAUAAAGAAAGACGAAGCAAAUGUUUGUAAUUUAAAUAAGGGGGGUUAUUCUAACUUGAUACGCAUUCAGAAGGAAAUCACGAGACCCUUGCCAAAUGGUGAAGAGUCGACGAAUCAAGACUUGUCUGUAAAAGAAAAAAGAAAAAAUUCCAAAAGUGAGAUCCUUGAAAAUGGGAAUACUGAUAUUUUAGACAUGCCGACAGUGGACAGUCCUAAUGGCAGCUUCAAGUAUGAGAAAACUUCCCAAAUUAGUAGUUGCCAAAAUAGAUCUAAAAAACACUACAAAGUUUUGAUACAUGCACCAGCAUGCUGGAAAGGAGAAAAAUUUAAUUCGACUCCUUUCAUUUUUGUGUAUGAUAAAUCAAGCAAUUUUUUUACUUAUAGUGAAUCUCCAUUAGAAAUUGAAAAAUAUAUAAUCGAUACAAGUGCAGAAGAUUUUGAAAGUAGAGUAUUAACAAUAAUAUUUUACGAUUCUGUUUUUGCAUGCUCAACAUCAUCUCUUAUGUUGAAUAAUAAUAAAGCAGAAUUGCAACAUUUACCUAAACCCCUUAGUGUGUUUUAUUUACCAUUAUGUAAACUAGAUUUAUGUAAUGACUCUGUCAAAUAUAGAUUGGGAUUAAGAACUAAUAGUAUUUUAUGUGAUAUAAAUAUAAAAGAAGCUAUUAGCUUAUUUAACAAUAGCUCGAAAAUAACAGGACCAAAUGUGAAUAAAUUCAGUUUACAUCUUAUUUUGAAAAAUAAUAAUUAUUCUGAUAGCCAUACAUAUAAUUAUUUAAAUUAUCAAACCAAGUUUUAUGGCGUUCCUCGAUCGAAUCUUUCAUCAUGUGUGCAAAUAUAUAAAAUGGGAAAUAAUGACAAGGUUCAUAGCAAUGUUGCUAAUAGAUAUUUAAUAAAUUCCUCAAAAAGUCAAGUUAAUACUUUCAAAAAUCAUCAAACAGAUCCUAAUCAGUUUAUAUCUCUUGAAAAAUUAAAGAAUAAAUGGGAAAAUUACACCCAUAUGAACAGGGCAAAUAGCACAAAUGGCACACACAACACUUUGAGAAAGAAGGAAACCAAACUUACUUCCUACUCAGGGAAAAAUGAGAAAGAUUCUGUUAUCAGUAGAAUUAAAUCAGAAGUGCUCCUAACUCAGAACGGAGGUACAGUUGAUUGUCGAACAGAAGGAUACACAAUUGCUAAUUAUGGGGAAUCUGUCUGUGGAAGAGAAGAAAAGGUAACCAGUAAUAAUGCUCAGGGAAAAGGACAGUACAAAGAGAACACAGCCGAGAGCUCAUACAAAUAUGACGGGACUAAAUCGUUAUAUGAUUUGAUGCAAGGUAGUAAUGAAAAAGCAGAAAAUGAUUUUGACGUGAAAGAUGAUGUUUUUCCAGAAGAUAGCGCAUCUAUGAUAAACGUUUUUGAAAAAGAAUCGAUUUUAUCAGAACGAGGAAAGAAAACUGCUGAAAGGAGUAGGAGCACCUUAAAUAGUAACUUCAAAACUGCUAAUAGCAUGUAUUCAUGUGUUAAGAGCCUUCUGAGGAAGAGAGGAGGAGAGAUUGGGAAUCCAUCAGAUGAGAACGUCAGAAAAAUGAUUGGCCAUUCCAGCAUCGAGAUGAAGCAGGAGGAUAUGAACAUUAAUGUAAAUAAAAAUCAUAUGAAUAGACAAUACGAAGAGGAAGAGAAUUGUAAUCUACAAGACAAGAACAACACUCUGAUGAACAACAUUAAGGACAAAUUUGGAGAAGAUCGAUCUGUGUGUUAUUCACAAAUCGAAAAUUUAAGAUAUUUCAACACGAACAAUUCUGUAUGUUCAUCCUACGGAAAAAAUGACGAAAAUCUCAUCCUAGCAAUGAAAGAAAUUAAGCAAUGGAUGGAAAAGAUAGAAGAUAAAGUAAGUACCAUAUCAUGUGAUAAAAGUGAGUUAAAUAUAGGAAACGGAAAUAACAAUAAUGAUGAUAAAAAGUAUAAUAAAAUAUUAACAUUUUUAAUUAAGAGUGUAAAAAAUAAUAUAAAAUUAAAGAAUAAAUGUAUAUACAGAAGUUGUUAUUUAAAUAUAAGGAAUUUAUAUUUAUUAAAAAAAAAUGAUAAAGUAAAAUUUGAAAAUAAAUUGUUACUAAGAAAUUAUGGGAAUUUAAAAUCAAAAUAUAAAAAUGUAUUGGUAAAUCUUUGUAAAAAAAAUUUGCUAAUAAAAUAUUAUUCAAUAAAAGACAAAUUUCACUACAGUAAGAAAUAUGAAAAUAUGAUGAGACAUUUACAACAAGAAAAAAAUGAUCUACUGCACAUUAUAGAAGAGAAAAAGUAUGAACAGGAAAAUAGCUUAAAUAUUAAUUUAAUGCUUUCUGAGGAAUUAAAGAAAAUGCAAGAAGAUAAAGAGAGUAUGUUGAAUACAAACUUUCUAUACAAAAGUGAGAAAGAUAAAAUUACCACCAAGUGUGAAAUUCUUCUAAAAGACGUGGAUCAUAUGAAAGAGGAGAUCGAAUAUUUCAAGCUAGAAAAUGAAAAUAUGAAAAAACAAAUGGAAAAAAUGAAACAGGAAAAAGAACAGAUAAAACAUGAAAAAGAACAGAUAAAACAUGAAAAGGAACAGAUAAAACAUGAAAAAGAAUCCCUAAUAAAAGAAUUAGGAGAUACAAAGGCGAAAUAUUUUAACCUUACUGGCAUAUUAGAAGGGGAAGAAAAAAUGUACAGCAGAAAAGUAGAAGAAUUAGAAAAAAAAAUUGAAAAUAUUACAGAAGAAAAAAAUACACUUAUUAAGGAAAUAAAAAAUGAAAUCGACAAUUUUACAAAAAUGUUAAGUGAUAAAGAGGAAGAAAAUGCCAGCAUCAAAGAGAAAUUAAAAGAAUUAAAAAAUAUUGAAGAAAAGUAUAAAGAUACACAAAUCAAUUUUGAUUCUCUCAAAAAAGAAUUCGAAAAGUCAUUCGAUGAAGUACAAAUUAUUUUAAAAGAAAUGAUACAAAAAGAAAAGGAAUAUACAAAAAAGUAUAACCACUCGAUUAAAUGCUUAGAAAAUGAACAUAAAGAAAUUGUAGAAAAAUUAUUGAAUGAAAAAGAAUUAUCAUUAAAUGAAACUAAUUAUUUCAAAGAUAUGUGUAAAAACCACUGCAAUAAAAUGACAACAUUUGAUGAAAACUUAACAACGGCAGAGAAAUUAUUAGAUCAUGUCUUGUCUCAAUACCCGCAAUUAUUUAACGAAUUUAAAAUAAAUUCUAGAAAUAACGUUUUAAAUAAAUCUUUUGGAAAAAUGCAUUAUGAAAAUAUACAAGCUGCACGAGAUAAUAUUAAAUUAAUUAGGAAAUCUUUAAGUCAAUUUAAAAUGAGCUUUAAAAAUAGUUCAUUUAAUUUUCAAAUAGCCUCAGAUUAUAGCAAAAAAUAUUGCACACAGAAAAAAAUUAGCUACCCUUUAAGCCUGAGAAACAAAAGAAUCAUUAGCAAUUUGAAGAAUUACGAAGGUUUUUCUAAAGAACCAGAUCAUCACAGAGAUUAUCCAUAUCUGGAUGAGGAAUUUACACGGGAACAAGACCCAGAACCAGAUCCAGACAGAAGGAGAUCCAUAAGUAAUCACACUGCAAGAAAUAUAUCUAUAAUUUCGAGUAGUAGGAAAAAUAUAAAUCUGAAAAAUAAAAUAGAUUCCUACAAUACAAACAUACAGAAACAUUCUGCACAAAGUAGGUCAAGAAGCGGGUCUGUUUUUCAGAAAUAUAAAUCAACACCAGUUUAUGAUGAAUUAAAGAAAAUCCAAUAUAAUAGAAAAGAUAUACUCAAUACAAAUGCAAUAAAUGGGUAUAGAAAAGACGACAUAUCAAAUAAUCAUAUAGCAAAUGUAGCGAAAAGUGCUGUCGAUAUGAAAAAGGAAAAAGAUGAUGAUAUGACACAAAGGAAUGUAAUGCAUCAUCCAGAUAAGGGUUCUCCUCUCAGGAAGGAUGCAAAAUGUGAUACAAUUUCAAAAGAUGAUAAACAUACGGAUAGCUUUUCCUACUGUUCUGAACAUGACAUUCAUGAUGAUGUGUGCAAAAUGGAUAAUGUCGAGGGAAAGAGGGAGGAUUGGAAUUUAGACCUAAGCAAUGACGUAAACCAGCUUAACAAUAUGGACAUUGUAAAUAUGUAUGAAGAAAAUGGCUAUUUCAAUGAAAACGUGGGAGAAAAUAUAUUUCCUAAUGUAGAAAAUAAUAUCCAACCAAAUAUCGAUUCAGACACAUAUGUGGAAAAUAAAAAAAAAAAGGAUCUUGACAUAACCGAGGGAAGGAUUAAACUCUCAAAGAGCGAUUCAAUCAAAUCAGAAAUAAAAAAAAAUUCAAAAACUAAAGAAAAUUAUGAAUUUGAUAAAAAUAAUUUCAAAGAAAUAAUAUCCUUUAUUGAGCAGAAUGUCAUCAAAAAUUCAGAAUCUAUAAAUCAAAGUGAAAAUGCUCCAAAAAAUAUAGACAGUAUGAAAAAAACAGCUUCUAAAAAAGAAUAUCAUGGUUUGGACUCAUUGGAUGAUGAUGAUGAUGAUUAUGAUGACAGUAAUGGAAGAGGAGAAGUAAAUCACAAUUCUGGGAUAAUGAACAAGUGUGCAAAUGAAUAUGAAGGUUUAAACGGUCAUGGUAAGGAAAUCCUAAAGGAAGACUACAAAGAUAUAGACAUAGACAAAGAUAACAGUAACAUAAUUAGGGGUGAUAAGAGAUCACCAAGAAAAAUUCAACAAAUUAAGACAAAUGAAAAUUCUCCCAUUAUUUGUCAGAAAUCAUCCAACACAAGUAAGCAAAGUGGAAUGUAUAAAAAUCCUGAUAAAGCAAAUAAAUAUACAGCUGAUAACUUAUGUUCUCAAACUGGUAGUAAUACCUCCAAGGUUGUUGGAACACGGGGAAUUGCAACAUCGAACAAUAAGAAUUCCAAUCCCAAUGGCCAUGCGAAUGUACCUCAAGGUAAUCGAUCGAAGAAUGCGAGUAAUGUUGUAUCUGUGACGAAUCCGUUAGUAAGCACUUGGAGAAAAAACAGUUCAACAAUUUAUCGAAAAGCAAAUGAAAGUGUCGUCUGUAGUAAUAAUAAUGAUGAUGCAUCCAAAAUGCAUAUGAGUAAAAAUUAUAAAUACAAACAAGCAGAUGAAUCUGUCAAAAAUGUUAAAAAAGAUAACUCCUAUAAUUUGAAAUGUGUGAAAUCUUCUAUAAUAAAAAAGAAUUUAAUUUUUGAAAAAUCAAGAAAUUUAAGUACCAACACAAAAUAA